AAAAUCAAAGUUGUAUAGAAGAUAUGCAAGUCGAUCUUCACCUAGAUGUCUACACUUGCUGGACUUUUUCAGAAAGAGAAGGCUUCUGUUCAACAUAAACCUUAUAUCUCUUUGAGCACUGAUGUGUACCUGCAGUGUGGAUUAUUAAGCUCUAAGUAACAUCAUUUUGCACGCUCCUUAGCGAACUACUGGAGCUUGCUAGCUACACUAUCUGGUCUAUUGGGUCACACCUGUUAAUAUUUGAAUUCAGGUGUAUGAAUUGAAGCAACUAGCCAUGCAGUCUGCCUUUACAGACACAAGUCUGUGUAAUAGGAAGCCACCACUGAAUCACAUCAGUUUGCACAGACCCUCACGCUAACAAUCGGAUAAUGAAACUUACGUCACUGGGUCCAUUUGGUAAAGUAAAUCCGUUGGGCAUCUUUCUUUGCCUUUAGACAAUAAUUCUGAUGCAAAAGAUCCAAACAGGACAGGCAAAAAAAAAAAGCGAAAAAAUGAUUCUUGUAUAACAUUCACAUUUCUUUGAUGAUCUGAAAGAUUAAAUUUUACUGUACAUUUUCAGAAGAUGCUUUUUAACCCCUGGGGGGUCUUAGAAAAAUGCAUACACUAUCGGACCUAGAGCCACAAAUCGACCCUAAGACUCCCCAGGGGUUAAAGAUACUUCUGAUCUGACUCAUCUUUGAUCUCUAAGAGGUUUCACCUGUUAGGACGGCUACACAAAUACUAUUUUACUGGAAGAGAUUUUUUUUCCCUAAAAUCUUUAGACCUGAGAGUGAAACUGAUCAGGGCAAAUUACACUUUCUGUCUCAGGGCUCCUACUCAUUAGCACUUACAUAGACUGAAGCAGCGAAACUUUGGAUGGGAUAAAAACAAACACAUAACUGUUUUAUCCUGCUUCGAAAAAAAUUGGAAACUGUUUUGCUUUCAGACCAUAGUAGCUGGUGUCAUCACAGUAAGUGCUGAACUGAUGGAGCUAAUCCCAAGUUUUGUAACUGCAUCAGUUCCCAUUUAAACAAAAAUAAAACACAAUUAUUAAACUGCAUUAAGAUAUUGUUGAUGAAUUGAUCUAAUAUAGCUGAACUGAUCUACAUCACUUAGAAUAUAUAUAUAUAGCUAACUGUAAACAAUUAUAUAAAAUAUUUUUUAUACAUUUUUAUUUAUUAGUUUUUUCAUACUUUUGACACAGAACUUCAGUUUUUUGAAAAUGGGAUUUGAAAAGUUAUUCUGUGUACAUGUAUUUAUUGCAUGCUCACUAGUUAGUUGCUACACAACUUUAAGAGCUCAUGAAUACAAUCAUUAACUUAACCUAUCACAUGGCAGCCACUCAGUGCAUUUAGCCAUGUGGAUAUAGUCAGGAGGAGAAUGUUCCAAACAAGAGAAAAUGUCCAGUGAGCAUCAGUUCUCUGGGAAAAGGUAUCUUAUUGAUGUCACAAGUGAGGGGGGAAUGGAUGGACUGCUUCAAGCUGAUAGCAAGGAAACAGCAACUCAAAUAACCACUCAGCUGUUUAAAACUGAACAACAGAAGAUUGGAAAUAUGCUGCCUGGCCCGAUGAGUCUUAGUUUCCGCUGCGACUUUUCAAAUGGGAGGGUCAGAAUUGGCUCCUGAAUUUCCCGACUGUUGAAAUCCUCUUGUGCGCAUUUCAGCAUUUUUAAUUACAGUGAUUUAUAGCCACAUGUGAAGCUUCUAUUUGACUAGAGGCCAAAUACUUUGUGGGAUCAUUCACUGUUACGUCAAGUGGAAGUGGGAAAGCUUUCCAUUUAGACUUGAUGUGAUAAUGAGAUCUUCUUAUGUUGACUUUGUGCUUCAUUUGUAGCUCAACAAUAGUAAUGUACAGGUGAUUGGUAUCAUGUUCAAUCACACAGAGGGACAAAUAGGAGUUUGUUUAUAAUAGACAAUGCAAAGGUCUCAUGCACAAUUUUGUAUUGCUUUGUUUUGUGUAAGACUCUAAAGUUUAAAAGGGUUUACCCAGACUGAGGUGAGAGCAAAAGGCCAUGGCUGCUCUACAGACUCUGGCUUUUAUCUCUGUAAUUGCAGGGUUUUCCUGCAGUCUGACUUCAGAGUGCUCAUACUAUAAUCUACUGGACUACUUGAACCUGACCUCAUCAAAUGUUGCUCUGGAAACCAUGCGGCCAGUGAAAAACUGGACCAGAAGCACCUUUGUUCAGGUGGACUUGUUUUUGUUGGGCAUUUUAGAAUCGAAUGAGAAGUCUCAAACUUUCACAAAUGAAAUCAGGGUCCACAUGAGUUGGACAAAUGAAUUCCUGACUUGGAACUCUUCAGAGUUUUGUGGGAUAGAAAAGCUGUCCAUUAUGACAUCAAUGUUGUGGUUCCCUGAUGUAAUCAUUGUUGAAGAUGUUUCUGAUGAUGGGAGCAUGCGGAUGAGUCCACUGGUCACUGUGUAUUCCAACGGUUCAGUGAAGGCAGACUUUCAGCAGCGGCUGACCUUUGCGUGCCGUUUAAAUCUCUUCUUGUUCCCCUUUGAUUUGCAAACGUGUUACAUCUCAUUUUCAUCUCUGAACUCUGAUGUGGACUCUAUAACAUUUGGAACGAUCAGCGACGAAAGAUUCCUUACUCAAGUCUCUGAUACAGUCAUGCUUACAAGGGGACAGUGGGAACUCAAACACAUCGACAUAUACUCAACUAACCAAACCAUUGAAAAUAAAAGCUACGUUUCUUUCAGAGUGUUGAUGUUGAGGAAGCCCAUGCUUUAUGUGAUAGAUUUCAUCAUACCCCUCUUCUAUUUCCUGAUCAUGGAUUUGGCUUCAUUCUUCAUUAGUGAGGUCAAAGUGGAAAAGCUGAGCUUCAAAGUGACAAUACUUCUGUCCAUCUCUGUCUUACUGCUGCUUCUUGCGGACAUAUUGCCGUCCACUGAAAAACACAUGCCAAUCAUAUCCAUUUAUUGCAUGGUCAUCUUUACAAUGGUGGCUGUAAGUGUCCUGGAGACCAUGCUGGUGAUGUUUUUAAUGGACUUUGAAGGUUUUAGUUUUUAUAAGAAGGCUGAAAACUGUGAAAAUGCCAAGACUGAUGUUCAGCUGGAACCCAUGGAAGAUUCUGCUGAAACUUUAAAAAAGGGUGAGGGGAAACCGAAAAGAAGUGACCUACCCAGUGACUGUGACCUUCUGAAGUUAAUCCUUGAUGAAGUGAAGGCAGUUCAAGACAAAACUGGAAGACAGGACGAAGUCAAUGGAAAGCAAGAAAGCUACAGGAGACUGGCUGCAAUCAUAGAUCGUGUGUUCUUUGUUUUAUAUUUGAUUGCUUCCACACUUUUUGUGGUGUUGGGAUAUUUAAAGUGGAUUCCACAAAUGAUCUGAUUUAAAUUUGAGUAGAUUUCGUGUUGUGUGUAUAAUCCAUCAGUGCAUGAAAAUAGAUGUUUUAGUUGUGAAACAUCACCUACGCAAUGUUAGUAAAUGCAUGCAGUGCAGGAUGAAACAUGUUAAUAACUACUGCACGUCUUUUUCAAAACUUGAGGAAACCCACUCUGGAAGGUCAUUGAAAAGAAAGUGAAAACAAAAUAAGAACAAAGACUAAUCAUAAAAUACAAAACUAGAAUAAUUCAGGUUUCUUGUUGCCAAAGGGUACUGUCUGAGUCUCAUCUAUCUCCAGGGUUUACAGAGAAUGGUCCAAACGGGCCUCUUAACCUCUGAUGGCUACACUCAGCAGGAAAACACGUUUUGUCACAAACCUCAAACAAUCUCAAUUUGGUUUUUUUGGAGAUGGAAAUGAAUUUGGUGUACUCAAAUAGUUUCAACAGUCACUUUCAGUCCAAUAGAGCACCUUUGGCAUGUAUAGGAAUGGGAGACUCAUAUCAUAGGUGUGCAACUGUAUGUCAAUAUGGACCAAAAUCUCUGAGGAAUGGUUCCUCUGAAGACACAUUCGUCAGCUGCCUGUGAGCAGAAUCAAAAACAUCUCAACAUGUGUCAGGUUAUGUCCAGUUCAAGACUCCUGACCAGGGUCAACAGCUUAGAGGAUGGGCCUCUGCAACAGGAAUGCAGGAGCAGUAAUGACUCUUCUGUGUAAUUCUUACCUUACGGACGUUUGGUGAGAUUCUAUUUAUUUGACCUAUUAUUGUUCAAGCUUUUUGUCUUGGGUUAAUUAAUGUUUUGGUUGCUGCAACACAUGAAUUUCCCAACUUGUGGGAUGAAUAAGGUCGUUGUAUUUUUUUCUUGCUGUAUAAUAAAAGUAUCCAGUAACUCAAAACUGUUCUAUUUUCAACUUCAGUCACAUAAGUCUAGAGACAAGUUGGCAACUAUCUUGCGACCAGUGGUUGCUAUUCCCAAACAAGUUGGUAAGGGUUUCUUGGAUGUUUGUGAUCGUUACUUGAUACAAUCAAGUUGCAAGUAGUUUGCAUGGUUACAACUUAUCCAACCAUUCAUGUGAUUGUUUUGGUGGCUAGCAGAAUGAAGAGAUUGCCUGUAGUUUCCAAUGAAGACGCUGACA